AUGAGGACUUUGGAGGUUCCGGGGAAGGCUUGCGAGUCCCCAGACGCAGGUUUUCACGGACCUUACCAGAGCGUUUUCCAAAACGUGCGCGUCGCGAGAGAGAGCAACGCCGAGAGUUUGGACUUUUCUAGCUCCAAGAAGCGCGGCUGCCUGCUGGAGACCGCGUCGACGGAAAUGCGUUUAAGCAAGCUGUCCCCCAGCAAGGUAAUAGUAUGCUGCCCCGAGAAAGAGUGCGAGAGUGCGAGUUCAGUGAUGCGGAGUUCAACAGGAAGUAAAUGCGACACGUCCUUGUCAAGCUCGGGCCGCGCAGACGCCACCGAAAGCAGCGGCAGUCGCGCAGGUUUCCUUCGGGGCGCAGAGAGCGGACAGAAGGGCUGCGCUGAGGCUGAAGUUAACUCGCACCGUGACGCAAGAGUGGCGAGUAGUAGUCGCGCGUGCAACAACAACAACAACACCACCACCAGCAGCAGUAGCAUCUCGGAGACAACGCGAGAGCUGUGCAAAGCCGUGUCCGUAUCUUUGGGCUUAGCUAUGGAGUCCAGCGAACUGGGCGAGGUGGGACCGCACCAUGCGCCGCCGCCCCUGACCACUAAAAGUAGUAGUGAGGACAUCUAUUUGUUUGGAAUGCCUUUGCUCAACUGCUCAGUGAGCGAACGGGAAGCAGGAGGGAAAGAAAGAGAGUACGCUUUCACGGCGGGACGAGACAGAGGCGCAGAGCUGCGAGGCAGGGACAAAGUGCUCGAGAUGUUUAAAAGUGGCGACCUGGAGCAGCUAGCAGGUGAAGUGACGACCUUGCAGUGCAGCAGCGCGUCUCGAUCACACCUAACCGCGGAUGUGCAGGGUGUGCAUGAGUUCGCCAGCUUGUCCGGGGACAUUGCCAACUUGAGUUCAGAAGGUACGGCAGCGACGACAGCACCGGGCAUGGACGCAACGCGAGCGGCUUCGUGCCAGUUCGAACAACUGUUGCCCGCGAGCAUGGCCCAUUUCGUGCAACCGGAGCUCGAAAACGGACCGAGCCAGAGCUUUGCGAAGCCCGCGGAGAUGUCCGGCGAGUUCGCGGGCCCCGUGGAGGAUUACGUUAAUCUCUAUAAUGUCAAAAUCAAGGCGGAGAUGAUGCCCCGUGAACUAAAUGACAAUUGGGCGUACCCGCAUAGGUACGCUGAGGACUGUAACGGCCAGUACGGGUCUCCCAAACAUAGGACCCCUUAUGCAUCUGGCCACGAUACGCCUUUUAUCUGUAACCCCUACGAGUACGGCCGAAACGAGGCUCUGGUUCCGCGGGAGCGACCUCCGCCCGAACAGUGGUACCCCGGCGGGAUGUUGACCCGUCCCCCUUACCCUAACAUGCCCUGCUUGAAAAACGAGAUGGGCAACUGGCUGGAUGUAACAUCAUUUACGGAUGGCAGCCAAGUAAACCAGUACACAGAGGCAGCUGUACACAUUAACACUCUCCUCCCUCAGGGUAGCUGGGUUCCAGGGAUACUGCCAUCAAGGCAACCCCACACAGUUGUGUCCGAGCGCAAAGACACCAUGCACUUCAAAGCUCUUAGCCUUGAACUUCUCUAUUCUCGUUUUUGUUCUCGAGUCAUUCACACAUUUAAUCACCCACAAGCUAUACAUGGAAAGGGAACAUUUUGAUUCACACACCGACAUGCAGGUCCAACUGUCAUGCUGUGCAUUUUCAUUGA